AGGCAGCGCCCGAGGAUGAAGAGGCUGCUCCGGAGAUGCGCGGCCGCUGCCCUGAGCCGGCAGUGCGGCGCCGCGCCGCUGCCCCGCGCCAGCCUCCCGCAGCGGUGCUACUGCGCCGGCUCUGCCCAGCGCCGGGGGCUGCUCUUCCGGCAGCUCUUUGAGUCAGAAAGUUACACUUAUACUUACCUGCUGGCAGAUAUGAAGACAAAGGAAGCCGUUCUAAUAGACCCAGUUUUGGAAACAGCCAAACGAGAUUCAAUGUUGGUGAAGCAACUGGGACUUAAUUUGCUAUAUGCAGUCAACACCCAUUGCCACGCUGAUCAUAUCUCAGGCACGGGACUUCUGAAGCAGCUCAUUCCAGGCUGUCGUAGUGUCAUCUCCAGGGAUAGUGGUGCCAUUGCUGAUAUCCUGAUCCAGGAAGGCUAUCACCUCAAAUUUGGGGAUUUUGAAUUAGAAGCCCGUGCCACCCCUGGCCACACGGAUGGCUGCCUCACCUAUGUGCUGAAUGACAGGAGCAUGGCCUUUACAGGGGAUGCCUUGCUGAUCCGGGGAUGCGGAAGGACAGACUUCCAACAAGGUUCUGCUGAAACCCUGUACAGCUCAGUCCAUGAGAAAAUCUUCACACUUCCGGGUGACUGCCUGAUCUAUCCUGCCCAUGACUAUACAGGCCAGACGGUGUCUACGGUGGAGGAAGAGCGGACUCUGAAUCCUCGUCUGAUCUUGUCUAAGGAGGGUUUUAUUGAGCUUAUGAACAAUCUAAACCUCCCCAAACCCAAACAGAUUGAUUUUGCAGUUCCUGCUAACCUCAAAUGUGGAAUCCAGGAUGUACCUACCUAGCUGCUUUAAGGCAUGUCUCUUUUCUCAAGAUCACAAUAUUCAGGACACUUAAAGGGCUCCCAAUAUAGGCUCUGCACUCUUAUUCAAGAAGCAACAGAGUCAAUAAGAGUGCAAAAUUGCAGUCAAAUAUAACUGCUUCAGUUCUUGACCUGAUUUCAGAAUGAAGAAGGACCUGUCUUUUAACUCCAGACUCUUGCUUUAAUUUAGGUAUGUCUUCAUUAGCAGAGUAUACUGACUGGGCAUUCCUGGCCUCACCUGGAUCUGAACUGGGUUACUGUCAAGGUUUUGUUGCAUUGAGGCUUGUCUGGCUUGGGGAUCUCUUUCCUUGAUCAUAUGGUGGAGAGCCUUGUGCUGUGAAUGAAUGAAACUCAGCGGAGCCGGGGUUCUGUUGCAAACAAAAUAAAACACAUUGGUUCUUAA